AAACGAGCUUGGGGUACUCUCUCACAGUCCCACCCAUUUUCCCUACAAAAAAGAAAUAAAAGCUUUUCCUCUCUGAAAUUUACACUCGCUCUGAAACCAAUUUGGAAGUGGAGGUUUAGCUUCGAUGCUCAUAAACCUCAGAAAAACAAUACGCAUUCCAUUUCAUCCCAAACCUUCACUCUGCAUUCCUCUGAAUCUCUUCUCAACUUCAGCACCAAACCCAAACGCAAACUCUACAGAGCCUCUUUUAGAAUCCCAACUCAAAUCCUUAGUUCUCAGCCAUUACAAGCAUGGCAAGUUCACCAACCUCCUCCAAAACGUCGUCGCUUUGCCCACUGUCCUCCUUGCCGCCUGCCAAAACCUCACCACCCCACAAGCCCCAAAUGGAAAUGGCCUCAGCCCGUCCCUUCUCGACUCGGUCUCCAAGCGGUUCUCUAUCCACGAAAUGGGUCGCGAGCUCUUCGAGAAUCGGUUCGAUAUUGGGGCUUGCAUUGUUACAAUGGCGGCCCAAAGAAAUAGAGGUGAGUCUUUGGUCUUGCCUAACUUGAAAUUGAAGGUUUUGAUUGAAGCUAUUAGGAUGGUAUUGGGAAUUGUUUAUGAUGAACGCUUUGUGACGUUUUCUUAUGGUGGUCGUGUCAAUAUGGGCAGGCACACGGCCAUUAGGUACCUUAAGAACUCUGUAGAGAACCCCAGUUGGUGGUUUACAGUUAGCUUUAACCGCGAAAGGUUUGAUCAACAACAUGUAAAUAAGCUAUGCUUGUUUAUGCAAGAGAAAAUAGAGGAUGAGAGUUUGAUUAAUGUUAUAAAGAGGUUGUUUGAAUGCGGUGCGGUGAGAAUUGAAUUGGGUAGUUGCUUCUUUGGAAGAGGGUUUCCUCAGGAAAGUGGGUUGAGUUCAAUUUUGAUAAAUAUUUACUUCAAUGGGUUUGAUAAAGAAAUUCAAGAAAUGCGUCUAAAUAAGAAUCAGGAGCAUCCCAACUUUGAUUCAAAUGAGCUUGUUUCUAAGGAUGGUGUGUUUUACAAGCCAGUGAAGAUAUAUGCAGUUAGGUACUUGGAUGAAAUAUUAGUGAUAACUUCCGGGUCUAAGAUGUUGACAAUGGAUUUAAAGAACUGGGUUGUGAAGCACUUAGAGGGGAUACUGGAAUUGAAGGUGGAUGAGAUAAAAACAGCUAUUCAUAGUGCGGCGUCUGAGAAGAUUGCUUUUAUGGGCAUGGAAUUACAGGCAGUAAAACCUUCAGUUUUGAAUCCUCCUAUGUCAGAAAAGGCUAUGAGAGCACGAAAAAAGUACAUUAGACAGAAGGAAGUCAGAGCUCAGGAAUUGAAAAAUGCUAGAGAGAGGAAUAGGAAGAAAUUGGGAUUGAAAAUAAUGAGCCAUGUUUAUAAGAAGUCGAAGAGAAGUGAUGGGUUUAAAUUUGAAUAUCAAAUUAAGAAUGAAGUUAGAGAAAUCUUCAGAACCUGGGCUGAUGAGACGGUGCAAGAGUACCUUGGCUCUUUGGAGGAGCGUUGGGAUUGGUACCGUAAGCUAUCGGCAGGUAAUUUUCUCUCUUUAAGGCACAUUAGAGAUCAACUGCCUCAAGAGCUUGUUGAUGCUUAUGGUAAGUUCCAAGAGCAAGUUGACAAGCAUUUAAACCCAGUCAAAGCUAGAAGGGCACUGGAGGACGAAGAAAGGAGAAUAAAAGAUGAAGAGGAGAAGAAAUAUGCUAAGGGCACAGUUGAGGAUUUGACAAAGCUCUGUGUCAAAGCUGAUGCACCCAUAGAACUUAUUAGAAAAAUGGUUAGGUUGAUUGGCUUUACAAAUCAUAUGGGUCGUCCCAGGCCAAUUACUUUACUAACUGCUCUCGAAGAUACUGAUAUCAUUAAGUGGUAUGCGGGUAUAGGGAGAAGAUGGCUGGAAUUUUAUUGCUGCUGCCAUAACUUCAAGAUGGUCAAAACUGUUGUGACUUAUCACUUGAGGUUCUCUUGUAUCUUGACUCUAGCAGAAAAGCAUGAAUCCACCAAACGUGAAGCCCUGAAACAUUUUACUAAAGAUUUGAAAGUGUUUGAUAUAAAUGGAAAUGAAGAAGUGCACUUCCCCACAGAAAGGCAGGUGAAAAUGAUGGGAGAUAAAAAUCUCUCUGAUCCAAAACCAGUGGAUGGGACGUUCUCCUUGGCUUUGAUUAGAUUAGCUUCUGAUGAGCCUCCAUAUUCUUGUGUUGCUCAUUUCUGUGACAAAACCGAUACUGUUGUUUAUCGUGUACGACUAUUGCAAAAUCGCUUGAAUGUGAACCCUGCGGAUGAAAAGAAAUGGGUCCCUGGGAUGGGUGCAAUUAAUGAAAGUCUCAAUCUGAAAUGCUUCCCUGUUUGUCCUGAUCACAUACAUGACUUAUACACAGGGAGAAUCACCUUUCAGGACAUUGAUUGCACUUCAUUUGUGGAUGGGGGCUGAGUUUUACAUUCCUCUGGUUUAGUAUCUGUUUACCAUAGGUUCUUGUCUUCUGGAGGCUGCUGCUGAUCCAUGCAGAUUUUGGGAAUUGUUGCAUAUGCUGAAGCCAGAGACUAGAGGGUUCUUGCUUACGAAUACAUUGACACUGGGCUGUAUGGAGGUGCUCUUUGUAGUUUUCUUAGAUGGAUAAGAGGCCCUUCAAAAAUCAAGUUUUGAAUUUGAUGUUGGGGAUUUCAAAAGUUUGUGGAGCAAACACCAGGUGGGAAAUGGCUGGAGAGUUUUGAUGCAGGGAUAUCUCCUGUUUUGUGAUAUUUUUGUUCUGUAGAUGCAUAACAGAAAAUGGAAAUUCAGAAGGGCAGAUUAGCAGAAAGCUGGACUUCUGGUGUCAUAUCAAUAAUACUUUAAAUUAUAAUGUUGAAGAUGGUUUCAGAAGGAGAUAAUAGAUCACACCCAAAGAAAUGGAUGGUUGUAGAGUUAGUGUGGUAAUUACAAAAAAAUAAUUUUCCCCGGGAGGUAACAAU